CAGCUCUCAUCUUCUUCAAACCCUCCGCCAUUUUUACUUUCCUCCGAGCAACAAUGGAGCGAGCGGCGCUCCUCCGCUCCCUCUCCUCCUCCUCUUCUUCCUCCGCACUCGCCUCCACCAGAUUAUUCUCCCGCUCCGCCCACCGCCUCGCUCACAUCCCUAAACGCCAUCGUUUGGUGCCCAACGUACACCAGCGCUCAAUCCUCCGCCGACACCUCGGCGGCGUCGGCCUAUAUUCGUCUGUUUCCCGUCCUUCUGUCCAGCUGAGAAGACACUUCAACCCUAUAUCCGUGCGCGCAGUCGCCACCUCGUCUGCGCAGCCUUCUUCUGAGGUUUUGGGAGCGGACGAUGACGUUGCGGAGAAGCUUGGGUUUGAGAAAGUGUCGGAGGAGUUUAUCGAGGAGUGUAAAUCUAGAGCUGUGUUGUAUAAGCACAAGAAAACUGGCGCUGAAAUUAUGUCGGUGUCUAACGACGACGAGAAUAAAGUAUUCGGCAUUGUUCUCCGCACUCCUCCAAAAGAUUCAACAGGAAUUCCUCACAUCUUGGAACACAGUGUGUUGUGUGGUUCGAGAAAGUAUCCUUUGAAAGAACCGUUUGUUGAGUUGUUGAAAGGGAGCUUACAUACAUUUCUGAAUGCUUUCACAUAUCCUGAUAGGACUUGCUAUCCCGUUGCUUCCACGAACACAAAGGAUUUCUAUAACUUGGUUGAUGUGUACUUAGAUGCAGUCUUUUUCCCUAAAUGUGUGGAAGACAUUAAAACAUUUCAACAAGAAGGUUGGCAUUACGAACUGAAUGACCCCUCGGAGGACAUAACAUAUAAAGGUGUUGUUUUUAAUGAGAUGAAAGGUGUUUAUUCUCAGCCCGAUAGCAUACUAGGCCGAGCUUCCCAACAGGCCCUUUCUCCCGACAAUACUUAUGGUGUUGAUAGUGGCGGUGAUCCGCAAGUUAUUCCCAAACUAACAUUUGAGGAGUUCAAGGAGUUCCACCGCAAAUAUUACCAUCCCAGCAAUUCCAGGAUAUGGUUUUAUGGUGAUGAUGAUGCAAAUGAAAGGCUACGUAUUUUAAGUGAAUAUCUAGACAUGUUUGAAGCAAAUUCAGCUCCCGAGGAAUCAAGAGUUGAUUAUCAGAAACUGUUCUCAAAACCAGUUAGGAUUGUUGAGAAAUAUCCCGCUGCUGAAGGGGUGGACUUGAAAAAGAAGCACAUGGUGUGCCUCAAUUGGCUCCUCUCUGAAACACCUUUAGACUUGGAAACUGAGCUGGCACUGGGAUUUUUGGAUCAUUUAAUGAUGGGAACUCCUGCUUCUCCUUUGAGAAAAAUCCUGCUGGAGAGUGGUCUAGGGGAAGCUAUUGUUGGCGGGGGCAUUGAGGACGAACUCCUUCAGCCUCAGUUUGGUGUUGGAUUAAAAGGUGUAUCAGAUGAUGACAUUCAAAAAGUAGAAGAGUUAAUCAUGACUACGCUUAAAAAGAUGGCCGAGGAAGGCUUCAAUUCCGAUGCAGUGGAAGCAUCAAUGAAUACAAUUGAGUUCUCUCUCAGAGAAAAUAAUACUGGGUCAUUUCCGCGUGGUUUAGCUCUGAUGCUUCGCUCCAUGGGGAAAUGGAUAUAUGAUAUGGAUCCAUUUGAGCCAUUAAAGUAUCAAGGACCUUUAAAGGAAUUGAAAGCUAGAAUAGCCGAGGAAGGCUCUAAAGCAGUAUUCGCUCCCUUAAUAGAAAAAUUCAUUUUGAAUAACCAGCACCGUGUAACUAUUGAAAUGCAGCCUGAUUCAGAGAUGGCUUCGCGUGACGAGGCAACUGAGAAAGAAAAUUUGGAAAAGCUGAAAGCUAGCUUGACCGUGGAGGAUCUUGCUGAACUGGCUCGUGCAACACAUGAACUGAAGUUGAAACAGGAGACUCCAGAUCCACCAGAAGCUCUCAAAUGUGUGCCAAGCCUUUCUUUGCAAGACAUUCCCAAAAAUCCUAUACACAUUCCUACUGAGGUUGGUGAGAUCAAUGGGACAAAGGUGUUGCAGCAUGACCUUUUCACAAAUGAUGUUCUAUAUGCCGAAGUUGUAUUCAAAAUGAGCUCUUUGAAGCAAGAGCUUCUUCCUUUGGUACCAUUAUUCUGCCAGUCACUGCUGGAGAUGGGUACUAAAGACUUGGAUUUUGUACAACUGAACCAAUUAAUUGGAAGAAAAACUGGUGGAAUAUCAGUGUAUCCUUUCACAUCAUCAGUACGAGGGAAGGAGGAUCCAUGCAGCCAUAUAAUUGCACGAGGCAAAUCUAUGUCCGGGCGUGCUGAAGAUUUAUUUAAUUUGUUCAACCGUGUUCUUCAAGAUGUUCAGUUGACGGACCAAAAGCGUUUUAAGCAGUUCGUUUCUCAAAGCAAAGCAAGAAUGGAGAAUCGAUUAAGAGGCAGUGGGCAUGGCAUUGCAGCUGCAAGGAUGGAUGCAAAGCUCAAUGUUGCUGGGUGGAUCUCUGAACAAAUGGGCGGUAUCAGUUACCUGGAAUUUCUACAAGAUCUUGAGAAGAAAGUUGAUGAUGACUGGCUUGGAAUAUCUUCUUCUCUCGAGGAGAUACGAAAUACAUUGAUUUCGAAAAAUGAUUGCAUUAUAAAUCUGACUGCUGACGGGAAAAAUCUUAAGAACACAGAGAAAUAUGUCAGCAAGUUUCUUGAUAUGCUUCCUAACACUUCACCAGUCGCGUCACCUUCUUGGAAUGCUCGACUCCCGCUCACAAAUGAAGCUAUUGUAGUACCUACGCAGGUAAAUUAUGUUGGGAAAGCAGCUAACCUUUUUGAGACUGGGUAUCAACUUAAAGGCAGUGCAUAUGUCAUCUCGAAAUACUUGAACAACAGCUGGCUGUGGGAUCGUGUACGCGUCAGUGGUGGAGCUUAUGGAGGAUUUUGUGAUUUUGACACUCACUCAGGUGUGUUCUCAUUCUUGUCUUACAGAGAUCCCAAUUUGUUGAAGACACUUGAUAUUUAUGAUGGAACGAGCAACUUUCUAAGAGAACUUGAAAUGGAUAAUGAUGCUCUUACUAAGGCAAUCAUUGGGACUAUUGGAGAUGUUGAUUCCUAUCAGCUACCUGAUGCCAAAGGAUAUAGCAGCUUAUCGAGAUACUUGUUAGGAGUCACCGAGGAGGAUAGGCAAGUCAGACGAGAGGAGAUUUUGUCAACGAGAUUGGAAGACUUCAAGGAAUUUGCGGAUGUUGUUGAGGCAGUUAAAGACAAAGGUGUGGUGGUUGCUGUAGCCUCUCCAGAUGAUGUUGAAGCUGCUAAUGAGGCUCGUCCCAAUUUCUUUCAAGUGAAAAAGGCACUCUGAAGAUAUUCUAAACUCAAUAUCAGGCAAUGCACCUUUACCCCCCCAAUACAUCUCUAUCUCAUACGACGUGAAUGACUAUUCUCAUUCUGAUGGUAAAAUAAAUUCCAAUUUUUUUUCCCGUCAUUUGGGCGUAAAAUGUUGAAGCAAAUCGAUGUGGUAUCAUAGGACAGUCAGAUAAGUCACAAGUGCGCACAUUAUUGAACUUUUAAGAACACUUUCUUCCAGUGGCACUUGUCUAUUAGGUUUCACAACUCAUACCCACUGCGUUAUAUCGGAAUUGUAUUUGUACCUCUUCUCUUCCCCACAUUUAUAGACAUAUAUAUAUUUUAGAUAUAACGUAAUCGUGUGUUUCGGUUGUAAAAUUUUAGAAAUCCUUUUAGCUUAUGUCGACUCGCAGAUUUCGUU